CUGUGGUGCCAGGCAAACCAACAAACCUCAUCGCUACUAACAUCAAAUCUAGAAGUGCUGAAAUAUCUUGGCGAGAUCCUGAAAAUCAUGGGAUAAAUGGUUUUUCACGCUUUCGGAUUAAACUAAAGAAAGAAAACUUUCUAAUUCUGAACAUUACCAUAGGAAGAGUGAAUGAAUAUGAAAUAAAUAAUCUCACUCCGUAUACUGCAUAUGAAAUAUUUAUAGCUGCUGGAAAUAAUCAUGGUUUUGGUGAAGAGGGUAACACUUCGUUCUUAACAUCUGAAGAAGGUGAGAUGUUAAAAGAUGUGUGUUUUAGUGCAAGCCAAAAUAUGUUUUUGAACACUUAUGCAACAAAAUUUGUACUUCAAUUAGUACAUAAAAUUUCAAUAAAAAAUCUGUUUAUUUGUACGCUGUAGCUCCGAGCGGUCCUCCAUUGAACAUCAGAACCACAUCAAGAAGUGCAUCGUCAUUGUCUUUCGCUUGGGAUCCUCCUGAAGAGACUAAACGGAAUGGCAUCAUUAUCGGUUAUAGAGCGUGUGUUUCACUGUUCAAAAAUUAUCCUUGCUUUAAGCAUAUUCACAUAUUUGUCGCAAGUCAAAGAACGUGGCUCGUUGUUAAUUUAAAUCCUUUAACAAAAUAUUAUGUUCAUGUUCUUGCGAGUACUACAGCAGGUCAGGGAAACUACAGUAAAAGUAAAGGAUUUUUUACAGGUGGAAGUAAGUAAUCUUAUGAACUCUCUCCCACAUACUUCAUUACAUUUGCAGGGUUUGUUUUAACGUCCGUCUAUCUGUCAGCCGGAUAACUCAAAAACUAUCAAACAGUUUAAUACGACAUUUUUGUGGAACCAUUGGCAUUAGCUCGGGCAGUAGACCGAGUUCAAAUCGAUAAAAUUUUGGCUUAAUUUUGAUGAAAAUUGAAUCAGACAUUUUGUAAGAGAUUGUCUUGCUUUUCGAGUCGAAAAGAACUGAAUAAAUAAGUAAUUUAUGUAAAAUGUAUAUUAAUUAGAUUUUUACUUUCGCUGGCAAUGGAGCGCACUCUACUGUAGUUCGUCAUGAUAUUAUUUUUCGUACAUAAGUAUCUACAUCUUAUCUUCAGUAUUUGUACGAAUAUUUAUUACACAUUUUUUUAAAAUAUUACAUUUUUUUACUUUUUCUUAUGACUUUCUUACCAGACAAACCAACAAACCUCACCGUCACUAAGAUCACGUCUAGAAGUGCUGCAAUAUCCUGGCAAGAUCCUGAAGAUCAUGGGAUAAAUGGUCUUUCGCGCUUUCGCAUUAAACUGAAGAAAGAAAACUCACUAAUCCUGAACAUUACCAAAGGAAGAGUGAAUGAAUAUGCAAUAAACAAUCUCACUCCGUAUACUACAUAUGAAAUAUUUGUAGCUGCUGGAAAUGAUUAUUAUCAAUUUGGUGAAGAGAGUAAUACUUCGUUCUUAACGUUUGAAGGUGAGCUGUUAAAAGAUUUAAUAAUAAUAAUAACAAUUACAAUAUUUAGUCAGGGGGUCCACUCACGAAAGUGAUUUUCAGUGGAGCCCUGAUAAAAAAAAAAUAAUAAGAAAAAAAUAAAUAAAAAAAUAAAAGAAUAAAAAUAUAUAUCUAUCAAAAGUGAAUAUAUGAAAGGUUAAAUUGUAUCUAACUAAUAUAAAAAAAGGUUAAGUUCUUGCGCAUCCUAUCAGUUCGGUGGGGUGUCCUAUGGCUAUAUAUAGCUAAAUGUUUCUUUAGUUUAGUUUUAAAAGUUUUAAUUUGACGUAUAUUCUGGAGUUCCACAGGCAGACUAUUCCAGUCGUUGGCAGCAUGGUAGCUGAAUGCCUGCUCCCCCCAGUUCUUCUUCACGCGUUCCAAAUGUAUGUUCUGUUUGUUUCGAGUGUUGUAGCUGUGGAUGUCAAAGGAGAACUUGAAAUUAAAUUUAAAAUCGACGUCAUUAUUUAAAGCCUUGUGCAUGAUUAGACAACGAUGAAAGUGUCUACGUGUUGUUAACGGCUGCCAAUUUAACGAUCGUAGGGAUUCUGAGGCUGACGAGAGUGGAUGAGCGUCAAGAAUGAUUUUAGCGGCUUUGUUGUGCAGAACUUGAAGGUUGUUCAUCAGGACAGAGUUGUUUUUAUCAGUUAUUUUUUUUAUUUGAUUUGUGUUGAACUGCAUGUCAAAACGUGGUUCUUUUAACACUUAUGCAGCAAAAUGUCUACUUCCAUUAGUACAUAAAAUUUCAAUAAACUCUAUAAAAUUUAAGCGGUUAACCGCGGUUAUAACUUGGAAUUAAGCUUUUCAAUAUAAAUUCGCUUACUACGCAUUUCACUGAUAUGUGCAUUCCGCAUUUUUUUCUCGCUUCGGAACGGCGUUCGACGUUCGACACAGGCCUGGUUACAAAAAUUGGCGCCUUUUCAAGUUUUCAUCAAUACUUCUGUCAUUCAAGACAAAACAUUGACUAUUUAUAUUGAUUUAUAUUAUCUUCGGAAAAUUGGAAGCGAAAAAAAAAUGCGGAAUGCACAUAUCAGUGAAAUGCGUAGUAAUUAACGUCUAUAGAAAUCAUGUCAGGAUUAUAUAUUAGAUAUACAUUGACUGUCAAGGAGCUUGUUACAAACUGUUACUUACUGUUUAUAAAUUUGUGCAAGAAUGUACGAGAUAUAUUUUUAUUUAGGGAGGCUCCAUACACUUCCGUAGUAUAAAUACCUUGUUGCGUAAAAAUUUCAAUUUAUAAAUUUUAUCACUUCAUCUAUUAAUUUUAAGCAUUCUCAAGUGUAAAUUAAGUAUUUGGUAGAAAAAAUUUGCAACAUUCUUGAACAUAAAAUUGUUUCCAUAGUAACAGUAGCCUCGCCAAAUAUGGUAUUUCUUGCUAUUUUAACCAGGUUUUUAUUCUUUAUAUUCCGAAUAUUGCCGGUGACACCCCAUUUUUAACUGCUGUAUAGCUUUCACUUAUAAUAAGGAAUCUUAUCCUUGAAAAUAAAAUUUCUGUAGAUUAGAAUAGCCAGAAUAAAAAAAUUUCGGAUUUAAAGUUUUCCAAUGUACAGAUAUUUUUAAAAUUUUGAUAUUCUAUUUGUUUUAAAAGUAGUUAUCGUUGUGCAAAAUUUCAUCACAUGUCACCGUGCAAAAUUUUUAAUUACGCCGUCUUAUUGUGGUAUCUCACUCGAUCGGCCGAAAGUUUUUGGAGCUCUGCAAGAUCAAUGAAUUGACAUGCGCGUACAUGUUUUCGCAGGCGCAUCUCCACAAAAACACGCACAAAAAAGUUUUUAAGCUCGUUGAAAUAUCAAAUAUAUUUUGUGUUUUCUUGCUUAGAAAUGCAAAUAUAUUUAGUUUUGCAUGCUAACUCGGGAUACCGCCAUGAAACUGAGGUGAUUGUGUUGUUUGGUAUAAGAUAUGUGUGGCAUGUACGAACUUUUUGGCUUCUGUACAUAGUUUUAUAUUCGUUUUUAGUCGUAACUUGUGUGUUUUCAUGUUGGUGUCGACAAUUUAAAACAGUUUGAGCCGGCGCAUGAUGCUGUUUCACUUAAUUCCUUUGCUGUUAGUAACACUUUGAAUAUAUUUACCAGUUGCAAGUACAAAAACUCUGGAUAUGAACUUAUAAAUGCCAAAUAUUGGAGUAAAAAACGUUUCGCUGGUCGGGCCGAUCGCCGGUUUUCACAAGAGUUUGAACGUUAAAUAUUGCAUUUUUUACUUUAAAAUGUCUUCUAAAAAGACUAGUUAUACAAUGUUUAGGGGCUAAAUCCGGACGACGUUUGUUCUUUGAGAACAAAUGAGAUAAAAAAGACUCAAAACAUCAAAAUAAACAUGAUUUGUGGUUCGGAUUUUUGACUGAAAAAGUUGUAUUUAUUUUUGCAUAUAUUUGUAAUAUUUUCGCGUGAAAACUCAAGAUUAGGUACCAGUCCCCCGAUGAUGAAAAGUGUAUGGAGCCAACUUAAAUGAUAUCCUUGGUCUACGGCAUGAGCUCCACAAAUUCUCCACCCAAACAUUUAUAAAUCGCCAAGUGAAAACAUAUAACUUCUUGACAGCUUAAGGCCGAAUUAUGUCAUUGACAUUGUGCUUUGCUCUUUCCCGACAGUCCAUCUUAGAGGGUCUGAAUGGGGUUAACUGACUACUGACAUUUGUCUGAAUUUUUGACUGACAACUGACAAAAUAUCCUAACUGACAACUGAGAAAUGAUGAGAAAAUGAUGAGUCAGCAUUUUGCAGUAACUGACUACUGACAGCUUGCAAAAUAUCGUACUGACAACUGGCUUAAAUUUUAGCUGACAACUGACACCCAAAGACCCCCAUUAAGACCCUCAUCUUAACAUACAUCACUGGUCAUAUAUGACUUUGCAGGUUUCAUAUCUUCGGUUUGGUAAAUGUUAUGUAGAUGAAAAUACCACCAAUUGAUUCAAUUCAGUGAACAAAAUAUCUCCUAAUUCCUAUCGUAGUUCUGGUCAAAUAAAAAAAUAAUAAAAAAAUUAUUAUAAAAAUAAAAAUAAUUAUAAAAAUAAUUUUUGUCGAAAAUAUUAUACCCUGGCACAGUUUUAAAAUAGAAUCGUCUGUUGUUCUCAUUAAAGGUUCAUUAACAUGUCAUGGUGAUAAAGUGAAGAAUGCCAGCUGUUCUAAAGAUCAAUACAUGGUGGUCAAGUUUGCAACUUACCAUGGAUUGCUUGCUAACAAGACAUGUGGUUUAAGUGAUGAUUAUAGUUGUGAAGUUGAUGUAACAUGUCUUGUUAAGAAACAAUGUGAUGGUCUACAUGACUGUAAUAUAACUGUGGAUGACAAUUUGCUCUCUGGUGAUUUAUGUCCUGGAUUGUCAAACUAUCUUUACUUAGAAUAUCAAUGUGUUGACAUUGUGAAACCUUUUAACGAAAUUUGUGGUAUGUAUGGGUAUAAGUAUCAGGGCAUUUUUAAAGAAAUUACAACUACUGGGGCUAAGUUUCAAUUUUCAAUGAGGGUCUUUUCUCCACACAGUUACGCGAACAUAAAGACCAUGCUGUGCUGACUUUUAUAAGAUGGAAUGUUGAGAAUGUGAGAAAGACGCAGCUUUUUCAACAAGAAUGACUUUUUACUAAUAACAAAAGGGCCCAGCACAUCUGAAAAUAUUGCUUCACUACUAGGGCAAGCAAAGGCGUACUGGGGUAAAUGCCCCAGUAGUUACAUAGUUGGCCUGAUAAGUAUGGUUCUACUGAUGGUUACAACUUGUUGUUUCAAUCGCAUUUUUUAAGAGCUGUGCCCAAGAAAGGGUUUCCAUAGUGUUUAAAAGUGUUCAACUUCGAUAUAGCACUAACUUGUCUUGUCCAUGUUACCCACAUAUAAAAAUAUCUAUUAUAGCCUUACAUUGCGAAAUAACCAGUAACAGGUUAUGACCCGGAGCCUCGUUUUCGUGUUAAAGCUUAUUUCCACAUUUAUUGUUCAAAAUAAAGCAUAUGUCGAAGAAAGAUGCUUUGUUUGUGUGAUGUUGCUCUGAGUGCAUAUCCACACCGGGCAGGCUUGAAAAAUAUGCCUGGCCACGGCGGGAUAUUUUUCAAGCCUGCCCGGUGUGGAUAUGCACUCAGAGUAACAUGACACAAACAUCUUAUUCACCUGAGUACAUUACACCGACACAGCAGAUUUCAUGAAAGAUGCUUUGUUUCUCUGUGCAUAGCCCAUGGGGAAAAAAACUUGAAAUCCUUUCCAUUUAAGGUGGAUCUAAGUUGAAACAAUGUAGUUGUGACGUAAUUAUCGAAAGAGUGUAUUUAUGGAUUUGGUGUAUGUGUGUGUGUAUCACAUUUGGCUGAAGCAGAAAAAUCGCCGACAGAAUUGCUAGUGUGAACCAGGCUUAAACAGUUUAGUUUGGGAACGGCUAAACGGAGAGUUAUGAAGUGGCGAGUUAUUAUAUUUCGGAGAGUUACGUUCAAACCUCGCUCACUUUUCCCAACGACCACACCCAAUUUCUUAACUCUCCCGAUGUUUCCUUGAACUAACAUGAGAGAUUUAUGUUUGACGUAACUCUCUCUCGUUAACAUUAUGAAGAUGUUAGAGAGUUAUCAUUUUUUAUAACUCACUGCGUUCACGAUUGUGGCAAUGAAGAGAGUUAUGUCAGUUUUUUGUAAAAAAAUUCCACAUUUUAGUAAGUUAUUGUGAAUUUACUUUUUUCUCAAGUUUCAGCUUUAAUAUUCCAUGCAAGUAGAAACUAGUAGUACUUUAGUACUUACCAAGUGAAGCAAGUACGAGUAAAUAAAUUAUUAUUCAUGCUCACUUGGAUUACCUACAAAGCCCAACAUUCAGAUACAGCUCUCGUAUUAGAUAGAACCAGAAAACCUUUCCAAUGUAAUGCCCUAUAUUGGCUGAUAUGGGAAAAUAUUUGCAAAACCUGAAUUUCUGAAAGAUUCAAUUUUCGCAAUUUUUCAAUUUUCUUGCAACUAUGCUUACCAUAUUUACUGCCAAAUGCACGUCAAAACAUGCUUCUGGGGGUAAUUAAUUGACCCUUCUGCGGCAAGCAUCUCAUUGUUUUGACCGAGUCGAGUUGUACGAUUUCCUGUUGGACGCACGCUAUUGACACGCUGUAAACUGAAAUCCCAAAAUAUAAGAUGAAAAUCUGAAGAAACAAGCUUUACUAUUUAAAGGUUUUCUCAAAAAACUGACAUAACUCUCUUCAUUGCCACAAUCAUGAACGCGGAGAGUUAUAAAAAAUGAAAACUCUCUAACAUUUUCAUAAUGUUAACGAGAGAGAGUUACGUCAAACAUAACUCCCUCAUGCUACUUCAAGGAAACGUCGGGACAGUUACGAAAUUGGGUGUGGUCAUUGAGGAAAGUGUGCGUGGUUUGGGAGUGGUUCGAACAUAACUCUCCGAAAUCAUAACUCUCCGGUUGGUAACUCUCCCUUUAGUCAUACCCGUUUAGUUUGGAACUAGUGUUGGCAGUAACGCGCACGUGCAGUAAACGAACAUAAUUAUUUUUAACAAAGUUUUGGAUUUGGAUAAAAUUGAAUGAAUUUGGAUGAAAUUGACUGAAUUUGAAUGAAAAGUUGAGCCCACUCCAAAAAACCCAGUCAUAGUAAAACAGUAUUAUUAAUAACAAGAACUUUUCAACACGCUUGUGCUAAAUGUUUCAAUCGCCUUCCGAAAAACAUCAGGAAUUGUACAAGUCAGGAACAAUUUUCAAGACUAACAAACAUCUUUUUAAUGGAAUUUAUUAGGGAUAGAUUGACGCUCUUGAAUCCGUCCUAAAAAUAGAUAUAUGUCGUAUAUAUCUUGGUUAAAAAGCUUGAACUUUUUCUAAUGGCAUUUCCGAGCUUCAAUUUUUUCCGGACCUCCCCAGUUCUCAGCCUUCCUAAAUAUAACUAUCUUUCUACGCUACUGCCGUGACAGUUCCAUCAUGUUUUUAUGUCACGUAUUUGCACUUGGUACCGGUUGAAAACUACGGUUUCCCAAAUUUUCCAAAUUAACUGAAAAUUACCCCCCCCGGUAAAACCUUUCCGCUGCUACUGCUGUUUUUAAUUUGUCGGUAUGUUCACAAUAAUUUAUUACACAUUUAAAAAUUAUGUUUUAUACUUUUUGUUAUAGCUAUGGAACCAGACAAACCAAGAAACUUCACCGUCGCUAAGAUCACGUCUAGAAGUGCUGAAAUAUCCUGGCAAGAUCCUAAAUAUCAUGGGAUAAAUGGUGUUUCACGCUUUCGGAUUAAACUGAAGAAAGAAAACUCUCUAAUCCUGAACAUUACCAUAGGAAGAGUGAAUGGAUAUGAAAUAAAUAAUCUCACUCCGUAUACUGCAUAUGAAAUAUCUGUAGCUGCUGGAAAUGAUUAUGGUUUUGGUGAAGAGAGUAAUACUUCGUUCUUCACAUCUGAAGAAGGUGAGCUGUUAAAAGAUGUGUGUUUUACUGCAAGCCAAAAUAUUUUUUUUAACACUUGUGCAACAAAAUGUCUACUUCAAUUAGCACAUAAAAUUUCAAUAAAAAUCUGUUUAUUUAUACACUGUAGCUCCGAGCGGUCCUCCAUUGAACAUCAGAACCACAUCAAGAAGUGCAUCGUCAUUGUUUUUCGCUUGGGAUCCUCCUGAAGAGACUAAACGGAAUGGCAUCAUUAUCGGUUAUAGAGCGUGUGUUUCACUGUUCAAAAAUUAUCGUUGCUUUAAGCAUAUUCACAUACUUGUCGCAAGUCAAAGACAGUGGCUCGUUGUUAAUUUAAAUCCUUUAACAAAAUAUUAUGUUCAUGUUCUUGCGAGCACUACAGCAGGUCAUGGAAACUACAGUGAAAGUAAAGGAUUUUUUACAGAUGGAAGUAAGUAAUCUUAUGAACUCUCUCCCACAUACUUCAUUCCUUUUGCAGGGUUUGUUUUAACGUCCGUCUAUCUGUCAGCUAGAUAACUCCAAAACUAUCAAACGAUUUAAUACGACAUUUUUCUGGAACCAUUGGCGUUAGUUCAGGCAGUAGACCGAGGUCAAACGAAUAAAAUGUUGGCUUAAUUUUGAUGAAAAUUGGAUCAGACAUUUUGUAAGAGAUUGUCUUGCUUUCCGAGCCGAAAAUAACUGGGUGAAUACAUAUAGACAUUUCCCCUUAAGAGUGAAAUUUUGAUCUAGAUAUGCCUGGACAAAAAUUUCAUCACAGCUUGAAAGAGCACCACAAAAUUAGUAAUAUUCCGAAGUUUGGUAGAGAAAUGUUGUAAAAUGCGGAUAACAUAGCCUUGCGAAUCUUGCCGUUUUUCAGUCAUUUUGCAUUACAAACGGGAAAUUGAUAAUCAGAUGAUCAAACUGAUUAUGAAUUUCCCAUUUGUAAUACAAGUGACUGAAAAACGGCAAACUUUGCAAGGCUAUAUCAUCUGCAUUUUACAACAUUUCGCAACGAAACUUUAGAAUAUUAUAUUACUAAUUUUGUGAUGCUCUUUCAAGCUGUGAUGACAUUUUUGUCCAGACUUGUAUAGAGAGCAAAAUUUCACUCAAAAGGACCGGAAAGGUCUAUUGAUUUAAAAUGUAUAUUAAUUAGAUUUUUUACUUUCGCUGGCAGUGGAGCGCACUAUACUGUAGUUCGUCAUGAUAUUAUUUUUCGUACAUCAGUAUUCGCCUCUUAUCUUCUGUAUUUGUACGAAUAUUUAUUACACAGUUUAUUUUAAACAUAUUUUUUAUGUUAUUGUUUUCUUAUGGCUUUCUUACCAGACAAACCAACGAACCUCACCGUCACUAAGAUCACGUCUAGAAGUGCUGAAGUAUCUUGGCUACAUCUUGAAGAUCGUGGGUUAACUGGUGUUUCACGCUUUCGUAUUAAACUAAAGAAAGAAAACUCUCUAAUCCUGAACAUUACCAUAGGAAAAGUGAAUAAAUAUGAAAUAAAUAAUCUCACUCCUUAUACUACAUAUGAAAUAACUGUAGCUGCUGGAAAUGAUUAUUAUCUAUUUGGUGGAGAGAGUAAUACUUCGUUCUUAACAUCUGAAGAAGGUGAGCUGUUAGAAGAUGUGUUUUUUACUGCGAGCCAAAAUGUGGUUCUUUUAACACUCAUGCAACAAAAUGUCUACUUCAAUUAGUACAUAAAAUUUCAAUAAAAAAUCUGUUUAUUUGUACACUGUAGCUCCAAGCGGUCCUCCAUUAAACAUCAGAACCACAUCAAGAAGUGCAUCGUCGUUGUCUCCCACUUGGGACCUUCCUGAAAAGACUAAACAAAAUGGCGUCAUUAUCAGUUAUACAGCGUGUGUUUCACAUUUAGAAAAUGAUGCUUGCUUUCAGACAUUCACUACAAGUGAAAGAACGUGGCUCAUCGGAAAUUUAAAUUCAUCAACAAAAUAUUAUGUUCGUAUUCUGGCAAGUACUAAAGCUGGUCAUGGAAACUACAGUGAAUGUGAAGGAUUUUUUACGAAUGGUAAGUACAACACCUGGGUCGUAUGCAGUGUAAAUGUCACUAUUUUCCGGUUUGUGGUGCUAAGAGAAAGUCUGUUCAGAAUUUUAUAUUUGCCAUUUGGCUCAGCCAUUUCAAGUGGUUUAGGUAAGGUUUUGUUUUCAUUUAGCAUAUAAAAAGAUAAGAUAGACAACAUCACUGCCGAAUCUGAAUAAAGAUCUAUAUUUUACGUUUUGACACGAUAACAGUUUACUUUUCCGUGCAGGACCGGCUGAGAAGGCCACAGCUAAAACAUCAAGAACACUUACAUUUUCAUUGAAAAUUCCAUCAAAAACGUUUGUGUAAGUAUGUUUGACUUUUUCAUGCAGAUGAAUAUAGUUCAUAAUUAUUAUAUUAUGUAUCAUCUGGUUUAUAUGAAGAAGGCAAAUUUUAUUUAUAGAUAUUUCUACGUGGUGGCUUUGAAAUUAAAAGACGGCAAAGGGCCUGCAUCAUCUGACAAUUACGAGAACAAUGAGUUGGUGACGUAUGCUCAGGCAGGAAACUUGAGCAAUCCGAAACCUUAUAUUGCUGCAGUAGUUACAUCCAGCGGUGUUGAUGGAGACAGUUUUAUACUUGGUGAUGGCAGAAAUACCGAUGAUCCAACUUCACAAAAACGGAGGUCAACUGCAAGUGAUUAUUUUAAUGGUCCGUUGGAACCUAGCACUAGUUAUAGUGUUUUUCGAAGGAUUAUCAUCAAUGAAAUGGUAUGGUAUUAGGAUGGGCGCAACAAAUUAACUUUCAGUAGAAUGCACGAGAGAUCGAGAUAAUUUCGAAACCGGGCUGCAUUGUGGAGCCAAUAGCCGCCAUAUAGCUAUGGAAUGCAGGGCAUUAUUAGGUUCAGGCAAACGAAAGGGCAAAUUGUAGCUUCCCAAUGGGACAAAUUUGAGUUUACACUUACAAUUUUUGCAGCGAUUUCAAAUGUAUUUUUCUUCCGAUUGAUAUGAACGGGCAGGUGAGUUGAGAAUGUUCUGAGUAUCUGAAUAUUCAUAAACUCAUCCAUUCGUUCACAUUCAUCAAACGAAGAAAAUCGCAACAAAAAUCGCAAAUGUAAACAAGGGUUAAGAAAGAAAAACAAAACGAGCAAAAAGUAUUGCCACAUAUGUCGCUCAAUACGUUAUGACAUCAAUGUGUAGCUGGCUUAACAGAUCAAUAAAUUAAUAAAUUAUUGUCUUCUUUACUGUAGGGUGAUUAUUAUUCCACCGACUGGAGUCCUCCUUCAAAAACGAGUGAAGGUACAGGUUUACUUCUUCCAUGUAAUUUUAAUUUGAUAUUGAUCAUUUUUAUAUUUAUUGAACGUAUUUGGAUCUUUUUCUCCAAGAGCUGAAGCUCAUCGAGGGAUCAUUGUGUUAGAUAACUAAGUUUAGUCAGUCAUGAUAAAAUCAAGAAAUUCAGAAGAAAAAAGCAGAUUGGAGUAUGAAUUUACAUUAACAUUGUUUACCAAACUUAAUUUAAUAUCAGACAUACACGCAUGUUUUCGCUUUCUUGUGUGGUAUUAAGAUUAGUUGGAUGUUGCAUUUAUUUCGAACAGCAGAUUCAAAGUUUCAUUUAUUCGAACUGUUUUAGGAUAUCGCAUUCGACAAAAUAUAUUUUGGCUUUGAAACUGAUAUCUUUUUUCAUACAUAAUUUUAAAUUAAACAUCAGUAAAAAUAAAGUUCUGUGAACAUUGCGAUUUAAAUGCGAUCGGAGACGGCAUUUUUUGAUGCCAUGCAAUUGGAUGCCAAAACACAAAAUUUGCCGAUCUUUGAAGUAAUUUUAUUGAUAAUCAUUUCAAAUUUCAGACCAAGUUCCAGGUGACGUUUCAGACACGGACGACAAUUCUAAAAAAUAUCUUGUUGGAGUCAUAGUAGUGGUGGUCAUAUUGGUUGUUUUUAUCGCAUUAUAUUUUAUCUGUCAAAACUAUCGACGCAAAGCAUCAAGUACGGAAGAGAAGACAAAUGAUAGAGGUAAUUCACAAGAUAUUUAUGACGAUGUCGUCAUUCAUGAACAAGAAGACGAUGAACAGUCGCCGUAUACAGAUCUCAAUAGGCCUGGGGACCCAACUGAUGAUCAUUUAUAUGCUCAUUUAAAUGAAGUAACACAAAAUGUGUGCGCAGACCAGGAGGAAACUGAAGUUUAA